ACUCGGCAGACCAUCCAUGGCGGCAUGUAUGCUACGGACUCCGCCCCCACCCCCGGCAGCCAAGCGAACUGGUCCGCGAUCGAACUUUCCGUUGUGUGCACGGUCGAUGGCCAGGACGAUCCAUUCGAAAACAGCGCGGAGCAUGGGGACCCUUCCUGGAGCAGGCGAAAAGCUGUCCUAGAGCAGAUCUUGUCCUACGGAACUCUCGUCUUCGAUCGCCAACAUCGCACCCAUUACUACACCAUCAUCGUAUUCGGCACCUUCGCUCGCGUCGUCCGGUUGGACCGUGCUGGCGCUAUCUUCACGGAGAAGUUCGACUACGCGGACGAGACUGCGAAGCUGGCGAGGUUCCUCCGGCGGUUCUCGCGUCUCUCUGCCGUACAAAGGGGCCACGAUCCAACUGCGUCUCGAGUCCUCCCCGGGACUCCCGACUACGAUUUAAUGAUGGCUUGCGGCUCAACUCCCCGCCCCAUCGGAGACUACGCGCGCCUACUCUUUCAGGAAACUCUCGCCGGCGACUGGCCUUGGUGGCUGAUUACUGUCGAGGACACCGGGGGCCCUCGCGAUUUCCUGGUAGGGAAGCCGACCUUCAUCGCUUCCGAACUUGUUGGCAGGGGUACCAGAGGCUACGUGGCUCUUGACCCAUGCGACCCGGACCAUCCCAUCGUGUUCCUCAAGGACUGUUGGCGAGUCGUUCGCGGGGGCAGAGAAACGGAAGGCGCCAUCCUCUCGUACCUCAACGGGUGCGGCGUGACGGGGAUUCCGACCCGGCUGUGUGAUGGCGACGUCGGCGGGCAAGAGACCGUCUCACAAGACGUUUGGAAGACGAAGCACGUGGGAGAAGCAUCUGGAAUGAAACACUACAAGCACUACCGCCUCGUCGUGAAGGAAGUUGGAAUUCCGUUGCGCGAGUUCAAGAACGGGAGACAGCUCGUGUCUAUAUUCCUUGAUUGCCUCGAAGCUCACGAGGAUGCCUACCUGAAGGCAGGAGUAAUCCACAGAGACAUUAGCUGUGGUAACCUCCUUAUGUUACCUAGGGAGAAGCCGGAUGGAAGAACCGUCUACGAGGGGCUCCUCGUUGAUUGGGAGUUAUCGAAACGUAAGGAUCAAGAAAGCGGGAGCUCAGGCGACCCUGUCCGACAGGGGACCUGGCAGUUCAUGUCCGCCAACGCUCUAAACAAUCCUGGCAAGCAAAUUCUCAUUCCAGACGAGCUCGAGUCGUUCUUCCAUGCCUUACUCUGGUUCGCCAUCCGGUGGCUCCCGCAUAACUGCAGGGACGUCGGCCGCUUCGUCUACAACUACUUCGACACCGGGCGUACCGACAAUGACAAGGACUAUUACUGCGGCGCGGUCAAACACGACACGCUCUUAUGCGGAAAGCUCUGCACGAACACGAAGACUCCGCUGCGUUUC